UUGACCGACCGAAGUGGAGACUGAGGUCCUUCGCAAGCCGGGCUUGGAAGUUUCUCCCUGACUUAGGAACAGCCUUUGCCACUGGACAAAAAAUGGAAAACACUUCCAAGGAGAAAAAUCCAGGACAGAUACAACUACACAGAAAAGUGGGAGGAAUACCCCAAAAGAGUAAUUCCCAGGAAGAAGAAACUUCUAAAAACCAGAAGAGAACAGAGAAACAAAAUGUCAAAAACUCUGGAUCCAGAAGAAUAAAGUCCAUCAUAUUGCAAGGAAACUCCAAGGAACAGCCAAUUCAGCAAAAAAAGCCAGCGUCCAAGAAACAGCAUCCAUGUCCUGAUUGUGGGAAAAUCUUCAAUAGAAGCUGUGCUCUCAGUGCCCAUCAGAGAGUUCACACAGGCGAAAAACCCUACAAGUGCACUGAAUGUGAGAAGAACUUCAGCAAGAGUUCACACCUCAUUGCUCAUCAGAGAAUCCACACAGGAGAAAGACCCUACACUUGUUUGACCUGUGGGAAAAGUUUCAAUCACUCUUCCCAUGUGAUUAUCCACCAGAGAACUCAUACAGGGGAGAAACAUUACAAGUGUUUAGAAUGUGGGAAAAACUUCCGAUAUAGUUCUGAUCUCAUCAGGCACCAGAUUGAACAUGCAGGUGAAAAACCCUUCCGGUGUUCAGACUGUGGGAAAUGUUUCAAUCGGACCUCCAACCUCCUUAUCCAUGAGAGGAUACACACAAAAGAGAAACCGUACAAGUGCCUUGAAUGUGGGAGAAACUUCAGUUACAGCUCAGUUCUAAUCAAGCACCAAAGAGUGCAUACCUCUGAGAAGCCUUUUAAAUGCCCGGACUGUGGAAAAGAGUGUGGGAAAAGCUUCAGGUGGAUAUCACAUUUAAGUAGGCAUCAGAAGAUCCACACUGGAGAGAAGCCGUAUCUCUGCAUCAUUUGUGAGAAAACUUUCCGCAAUCACUCAGGACUUAUGGUCCAUCAGAGAAUCCACACAGGAGAGAAGCCGUAUAAAUGUCCUGAUUGUGACAAGAGCUUCAACCAGCGAUCCCAUCUCACUUCUCACCAUGGGACCCACACGGGCGAGAAGCCAUUUAAAUGCUUUGACUGUGGGAAGAGCUUCAGUUACAACUCUGGGCUCAUCAUACACCAACGAAUUCACACCGGGGAGAAACCGUAUAAAUGCUCCAACUGUGAGAAAAGCUUCAGCCAAAAAUCUCAUCUCCUGUCGCAUCAGAGGACCCAUAUGGGAGAGAAAUCUUUCAAGUGCCCCGACUGUGGGAAAAGCUUCAGUUACAACUCUGGUCUCAUCAUACAUCAACGGAUCCACACUGGGGAGAAACCAUAUAAAUGUUCUGAUUGUGGAAAGAGCUUCAAUCAGAGAUCACACCUUAUUUCGCAUCAAGGCAUUCACACAGGGCAGAAACCAUACACAUGUCAGGAUUGUGGGAAGAGUUUUAGCUUCAAUUCUGGGCUUGUUAUUCAUCAACGGCUUCAUACUGGAGAGAAACCAUAUAAGUGUCCCAGCUGUGGGAAGAAUUUCAAUCAGAAAUCGCACCUUAUUUCUCACCAGAGAAUCCAUAUUGGGCAGAAAACUUAAAUUCUAAAGACAAUUCUGUAUAGGUUAUUAAUAUUAGCACCAUCUUUGCUCUCUAAAUAGUAGCCUUUUAAGAACAAUGUGUGUCAUCAUCUGUAUGUCCAAAAGUAGUGGACUUAUUUUAGGAUUUUGAAAUUCUAUUUGUACUUACAUGUUCAGUAUUUCAAAAUGGGUAG